ACAAACUUCACUCCUCAACGGAUUUCGCAGCGAGAUGGACACUCUACGAGGGAUACUGACAGCGGCCGGAGUUGCAGCUUUAGCUGCAGCGGCCAGUGGAUCGCUUUACUAUCUGUACCGAUCCAGAGCUCAGAAGCCGACGACGACGGAGAAGGAGACCGCGGUCACUCCCGUGGAAGGAGACCCUGAAACGGUGAAGGAGACGCAGGCUGAAGCCGAGGCGAUGGCCCCUCUCGUUAUGGAUGAGGCAUCAGAAGCUGCCAGUCUGCUACCGGUCACUGACCUAGCAGAGACAGCGGAAGCUGAGGUGACCGAAUUUCCUGAGAUUUGUGAGAGUGUGGUGGAAACACUGGUUGAAGAUGGAGGAGUUACCAGCCCCCAAGAGGAAGAUCAGGCCCCUCUCGUUAUGGAUGAGGCAUCAGAAGCUGCCAGUCUGCUACCGGUCACUGACCUAGCAGAGACAGAGGAAGCUGAGGUGACCGAAUUUCCUGAGAUUUGUGAGAGUGUGGUGGAAACACUGGUGGAAGAUGGAGAAGUUACCGGCCCCCAAGAGGAAGAUCAGGCCUCUCCUAUUAUGGAUGAGGCACCAGAAGCUGCCAGUCUGCUACUGGACACUGACCUAGCAGAGACAGAGGAAGCUGAGGUGAUUAUGGAGCCUGAACUCUGUGACAGUGUGAUGGAAAAAGUGGAGGAAAAUGGAGGAGUAGAGGUGGAGUGGUUGAGACCCCCAGAGGAAGAAGAUGAGACAAAGGCCCAACCUCUCCCCAGUGUGUAUCUGACCAACAGACACUGGUGUUUAUAUAUAGCUGAACCCAAAGAGCAGCGUCAGCCAAGACGAAAAACACGGGAAACAGUGGUGCGAGAUGGAGAAGUUGCUCCAAGCUGCCCCCAAAUGGAAGAUCAGGCAUCAGAAGCUCCCAUCCUGCUAAUGGACUCUGAUCUAGCAGAGACUAAAGAAGCCAAGGCGAAGGCUGAUGAUGAGCAACCUCUCACCUCUGUGGAUCAGUCUUCAAUUGAAGCUGAACCCAAAAAGAAACAGAGGAGACGAGGAACACGAGGAAGGGGGCGAAAAAUCAACUAUAAGAAGGACAAAGAAGAGGAAGGAAAAUAAAAAAAAUUGCAAUCUAAA